AUGGCGACACUCAAACAUCCAGUGAUUACUAGUAAGCUUGGAUCUAAGCGACAAAGAACUAUCGUAGCCGACUCAGACGAUAGUGCAUCGUCCGAAGCACCAGAUGUCAAGAGGAUAAAAGGGUUAAGAGUCUUUCAGGAUGGAGAGUCCGCUCGUGAGCAGGCGCAGCCAUACCUCAUACUUACUGCCCGGAUGCCCAUACGCGCGCUCAGCACACAAUGGAGCAUAGGUAAGAAUCGAAAAGUUGACCAAAGGCAUGUUCAGAGGUUAUACAAUAUCUUCCUCAAAGGGCAACUCAACAGAAAUGCCGAGGGCAACCACUUGUUCGUCCUCUGUAACAGGGAGGCUACCUCAAAAAUGGUACAGCACCUACACUCACAAAGCAGGACGGACGAGGAGCCGCUAUCAUUCGCAGACUGGCUAGACGUCAACCAUGGAUACCUCGCCGAGGUUAUGGCUGGGCAGCACCGAGUCAAAGCCUUAGAGCUAUACGGACAGGCAUGCGGUGUAGCCGAGGAGGAUCUGUGGUGGACAUGCAAGUUUUAUGACAAAGAUACAUUACCGCUGGAGCUUAAUCUCGGGCUACGUGUCAACCGGGCAGACCAAGCCAUGCCAGACAGCCACGGACAGACAUGGGUGCAGCUAGUCGCGGCAGACUCACAGGACCCAGAUAUGUUCCGCGGCAAGGCUGCCGAGGUCGAGGUCCAGAUGGGCGCCAUCCUGGGUCUUGCAGGCGAGGCAAAGUUUCCUAUACGGCGCCUAGGUACGAUCUGGCGUAACGAGCGCUGGAGAAGAAUGACAACAACCUGGUGCGAGUCGACCGUUGGAAGAGAGACGUUCCAGAUCUCAACGUGGAACUGGAUGAUAAGUUAUAGGAUUGACGACUUCUGGUUUGCGACCUUUUAUGACGUCCUGGAUACUCUCAACAAACUCCCAGGAAAUGCUCUAGACUACGUCUCUGCAGCCGAUUGGAAGAGGCUAGCCGAUGUUCUGUCAGAUGGCUACGCCGAUGGAGAUGUUACCAAACUGUUUUAUCCAAGCGGACUAUUGCCAUCUCCGUUAUCAUCACCUCGGUCACCAAUACCAACCUCGUCAAUACCAAUAAUAGAACAAGACGAAAGCUAUCCAGCACGCCGCUCAGGGUUUCUUAUCAAUAUCGACAACGAGACAUACUACCAAGUACAUAAUUACGUUAUCGAAACAAAACCAAGGGUUUCUUUUGCUAAUGUUCAUCGGCUUAUCCGGCUGUCGAAAGAAGAGGGGCGAGCGCUUGCGGUUGUUCUAACCCAUGUAGUAACGUGGCUAAAUGUUGAUGCUCAAGCCAGGGCUACCCUGCCCCGGCGAGAUAACAAUAAACCACCACUGCGGAAGGAUAUUAUCCCAGUACUAGGGCAAAUCUCACAAGAGGUCAUACUCCAAGCCAAGCAGAGGGUAUCUAGGAAGUUGCAAUUUGCAAAUACCUUUUCGGACGCGGAGAUGGGAUCCGUGCUACUACAGCAGGAAGUUCUUGAAUACACACUGGAAAAUCUCGAUGCCUUCCGAGGGCCGGCUGCUAAAGCAUUGAUGGAUCAGCCUUUUGCAGAUAAGCGACACGCAGAGUAUGGGGCUAGGUUUCAUCAUCCAGCCUGGGGCGGUAUAUUACAUAUUAUCCGAAAAUAUGUAGGUGAAGACUUCCGGCCGGAUUGGAUACUGCGGCGCCAAGUAGUUGAAGACAACCCAGACAACGAUUACCCAGCCCUACGCCUCGCUAGGUCCCUUUGCGGAUUCAUCAAAGAUGCACCCGAAUUUCCAAAGGAUAAACUUUCAAUCGCACAGGCAAUCGAUUCCAAGGCUUUUCAAUCAGCACUGGCGCGGUGGUUCUCACAAGAAAAGUUUCAGCCCCUAGGUGAUACACUAGCAGCUACCCGUGAAGCAAACUUUCGGCGUCAUCAGAGCAACAACAUGGCAAAAGAAGCCACAAAUCCUCUCCGUAUGGUUCCCAUACAGGGGCCUAGCGAGAUGUCCGAGAGAGUGAUAGAGGCGUUAAGCAGAAGCCCCUCCGUUGUCGAUCAGCCCAGAGCAUCACCACCAAGAACAUCGGAGACAGCACUUGAAGCCUCAGGAGGGCAGAAAGACAUAGUAAGGGACGUAGAUACAAGCAGACCAGACACAGACAUCACGUUACCACCUCAGCCAUCGCCAGUCACCCUACAUAACAGGUUUAUACCAGGGUCUAAUAGCAGCAGAGUAACAAGUCCGUUUCUAGUCGAAUUAGACAGCAGCCCACAGAGUAGUCGAGAGGGCACUCCACAGAAUUCCUUCACAUGUCUUGAUGUUACAUCUUCCUCAUCUUGCCAGCAGCAGCAGCAACAGCAGCAGCAACAGCAGCACGAGGAGCAACUGGACCAGCAACAAGAGCAGAUGAAAAAACAAACGACCGGGCAAGACGGGGAAGGGCUGGGCCGCAAACCACUGAUCAACCUUGAGACCACCGACAAGCUAUAUAUCACAGAUAGAACCUCGAAUGGCAGCGAAACAAACGAUGAUAGAGGCAACCAUAUUCACGGAAACAUAUGGUCAGAAUGGAAGAUCAACCACGCCCUUGGUGAUUACAACAUGAAACCCGAGGACUUUAUCCAGCAAACCGAAGACAUUCGAUUCAGUGGUAUCAAGGCGAUCGAAAUGAUACAACGGCGGUAUACAAUGGAUUACGGUAGGCGCGCUGCUGGCUCAAGGCCAGCUAGCAAGGCAGACAAUUAUUUCCCAAAGUUCUACCUCAAUAUGAUCAACAUCGUUGGCCAGCCGCUGCAGCCAUUAGCAAGCAAAAGCAGAGCCUUUGACGGCGAUAUUACAUUUACCCUCCGAAGCUGGGACACACCAUACGAGCCAGCGCCUACUGAUACCGAUAUAUCUUUCAACAUCCAGCACCGCACGUUUCGCAUCGCGACGUCGGCAUCAGGGGAGGCAUGGUUUAUAGUCAUGCACCCCAUGAUGAGUCCGACAAGGAAUCCCCUAGGCACGCAAACACCCGCCACCCCUCGGGAGAAGCUUCUCCUGAAGAGAAGCGCUUUACAGCUGCAUCAUGCAGAUGCCCUGCGAUCUUAUAUUGACGAUAUACUCUCCGACCGCGCCCUGCUUAUCAAAGAUCUCGAUCAAUCAAAACCGGAGGCCAACCGGUGGGAAAAAGGCCUUCCGUCAGAUAAAUGGGCGAAGUUCCAGGUUCUCUUCAUGGAGAGAUGGCACACAUUUGCGGAGAUGCAUACAUUGGACGCCUUCUGGGCAAAGAAUCAGCCAGCGUUUCACACCUAUCAUAACAACGCCAACAUCGACAUCGGAGCUAGUAAUGACCUUGAAAGGCUUCCCAAGGAGACUAGACUUCGAUAUGAUUCUACUGACGAUGAAAGCGACAGCGACUUCGAAUCCCUAGCCAGUCUGCGAGACACACUCGAACGGAUAUACGAUAUCAACCACAUAGAAAACAUGUCCUACACGCUUGCCGCCGAUCUACACGCAAGCCCCGCAGCUGCUGCCGAGACCGAUGGGUCAGCCAGGGGCGAGAGAGACACGACAGGCAUAGAAGUAGAAGGGGAGCACCAAGAAGAUAGGAGAGAAGAAAGAGAAGAAGGCAACGACCGCGGAGCAGCAGAGGGACACGAACAAGAGAGGGAGGAGUCAGACGACGGAAACAAUACACCGCCAGAGAGUUAG